AUGGUUGGCCCAGGCAAAACGGCACCCCUACUGCUACAGGACCUUCUCACAUACGACCCACGCUACGAGCACGCAGCGGGCAGGAACCUGCUUACAUCCCCGCCGCCGCACCAUGACCCCCGUGCUGCUCCGAUCUCCUCCGUGCCUUAUCGAAACUGCCGUCACGAUGUGCAGUUGAAGGAAGAGCAGAGUGCACUUCCACAGAGUGGCUUUGCCCCCGACGAGAACACUAUAUACAAAGUCGCCGUCUAUUGCAAAAAGUGUCGCUGGCACUUUGACAUCUGGGUCGACUUCCGCGACGAUGGCCCGCAAAACGUUCCAUGCAGGAAGUCAAACCCUGAAUUCCCGCUACAUCACUUCAUAUUCUCGGGCGAAGACGACCCGUCAAGAUCUGAGAGUCUAGGCGGCCAUAACAAGUCGCGGCUGUAUACCUUCUACUGUUCAGCGCCUAAAUGCCCAGUCGCUCUACGUAUACGCAUAUCGCCACCUCGCCUCUCCGAUUCCGACAUUACCUUGCUGACAGACCCGGCAAACUUGCGGAAACGAUGGGAACGCUCAAAAGAGAUCAACGGAGACCGUGCCGAUCCCGAGAUGGCGCAAUCCAUCGAUGCGCCCAAUUUCUUGAAUACCUAUCUACACGACAGUUUCAAUCCAACAAAAGGCAAGUCUAGGAUACCACUCCUGAAUAGGAAGUUCCUUAAGACAUUUGGACGAGACUGCGACGACAUUUUAACGAAGCUGGGCUUUACCUUCGCGGUAGAAGUGGACGCAGACGGCAAUAGCACGGACGGAUGGUAUCUGCCGAAACCUUCAGAGGCUCAAAACCCUCUAGAGAGUCUCGAACCCACGGCUCGCAACAUCAUCGAGGAUGCGCGGUUUGAAUUAAAUGCUAUCAUUCUACGCUAUCCGGAAUCAGAGCGUUCUACGGCGCGUCGCAAUCCUUUGGUUCUUACACCUGCCCGUAAUCACAUCGAGCUGGCGCUUGGCUGCGACGACUAUGAACUCAGGGAGGGCGGUCGUAGGGAGACGCGCAGUACAUCUCGCGAGGAAGACCAUCCCUAUUACGCUGGCCUCGGCGCACUGGCGGAUUUUGCUGAUGGCUUGUUGAUCUUCGCAUACCGUCGCCAAGUCAUAGAAGAUGCAGUCAACACAUCUUACUAUUUCGAAUGCUUAAAGGAUCUGGCCAAAGGUCGCAACAGUGAGGCUCUGUUGACAGAAAGCGCGAUACUCGAGUCCCAAGGAUUAAUCACGCGACAAGAUGUUAUUCAAGCCUAUCGCACGCUCGGUAUAGAUCCUUCCCAUGCCUCUGCUCUUAGUGAUGAGAUCAUCACCAACCAGUUCAAGUCUCGACUGUCAGAUAUCGGCCCCAGACAGGUCGAGGAAGCCCGGGGUGCCCUGCAAGUCAUCGGUACAGCCAGAAAUAGCGAAAUCAUCAAACGAGCGGCAUCAAACUCCAUUGAAACGUACGAAGAAGCGCUCGCUUGGCUCAGUCUUCCGGAAUCUGUAGAACUUUCUGGCGAUGACUUUGUCAUCACCAUGUACACAUCGAAAGUAAAUGACAGUCCUCAAGAAACUGAGACUGGAAGAAAAGCAGUCAAAAUAAUCGCAGACUAUCGCAAAAGUCAGCGGUUGUGGCAAUGGCUGGAGACAGGGCAAAUGGACGCGGCUGAGAUGGACGCGGCUGAAGCUUAUGCCACCCUAAGCAUCACAGACAGAUCAUCGAGACUUGACCCGAGCGUCUUGCAGACACUGUACGAAGGUAUGCUUCUAGAUGCACCGGAGAAUGCGCAAAGACUAGGGACCGCUCUCGCAAAGGUUCGGCAAGAUCAGCAAAAUUCAUAUGGAAUCUCCUAUGCCGAUACAACGCAGCAGCCGAGCCAUAAUUAUGAGCUGGAUGAGUGGCCCGUUGGUUGCUGUAACAUUGGUAAUACUUGCUACUUGAACAGCGUAUUGCAGUUCUUGUUCACCAUCAGGCCUUUGCGCGACAUGGUCAUCGAUUGCGACACGCACUUCCAGGACCUGUCACCCGAAGCUUUGGAGCCGAAGCGCGUGGGACGAACGGCUGUUUCCCGCGCGAGGGCCGAGACUGGUCAACAAUUCGUUCGAGAACUGCAAGCUUUGUUCAAGCAUAUGAUUACUGCGAAUACACACAACAUCCGCCCGGAGCGAUCCCUUGCUGCUUUGGCGCUGACGAGGGGCGAAAGCACGGAUAUUGCGAGCGAGGCACCAACUCGUGCGCCCUCGAGACUAGGCAAGAUAGGCGACAUGCCGGUCAGUGGGCCUAUGCUUCCGCCAGUAUUCCUGACGACGUCGAUGCCUCCUUCUCCUGCUGACUCUGUGAUGGGCGAUGCCGAAGGCGAUGCCGAUAGCAUGCAUGCUAUGGACCUGACAGCAACAGCAGAUAAGCCCAAUGACACUGCCGCCACUCAACCGGAGCCACCGUCGCGGCCUCCUCCCAUUCCUCCUCGGCCACAGGCCUCGGCUGACAUUGGCCUCAAGAAACUCGAGGACGUAGCCCAGCAGCAGGAUGCCGCUGAGAUCUUGAACAACGUAUUCGACCUAUUGUCUUGUGCUUUCAAAGGGGAGGAUGUGCUACAGGAUGGUGAACAGCUGGAUCUGAUCAAGAAGACUUUCUUCUCUAACGUCACAACCGUGCGGAAAACAAAGGAUAAGGACAUUCCGAAAUCCGAUCUCCAGGACAAUGUUCUCGUAUCGACGAAGGGUAGGGACCGAUCGAUCUGUGCCGCCUUGGACGAUGAAUUCGGCCUCACCGAACUUGAAGGCGGCGUCACCAAGUACGAGUUCUUUGAAAACGCUGCCCCAAUCCAAAUUAUUAACGUUCGACGCCUGCAAUUCGAGAAUGGCCGUGCGCGAAAAGAUGAAUCACAUCUCGCGCUAGAUAAAGUCCUGUACUUGGAUAGAUAUCUAAAGUCGACCAGAUCGCUUUCCGAGGAACAGCUACAAGAGCUUCGAAACCAACAGUGGCAGCUCCAGGCUGAGUUAAGAGCUCUUGAAAACCGCAAGAAGCUGCUCAGUGAGACCGACUUUAAAGAUGUUGAUCUUCCGGGUGUUCUGGCUGAGACUGCUUGCCUAGUCACGAAGCUUGAGGAGCAGUCGCCAGAGUCCAACAGCAACAACGAGCCUCCACAGGCAUCUCAAGAACAGAGUAGCACCAGCCCGGCUUCUCGAGAAGCGAUCACGGGCCAGCUCAACCAACGCGCUGAUGAGCUCCGUCCGGAGCUUGCCGAGAUCCACGAACGUAUGGACAAGCUUGAGAAGCAGAUCGACUCCGUCUUUAAAGAUUGUCAAGAUCACCCGUACAGACUACAUGCUAUAUUCAUGCACGCAGGCUCGCACAGCGGAGGUCAUUACUGGAUAUAUAUCUACGAUUUCCAGAACGACAUUUGGCGAAAAUACAACGAUGAAACCGUCAGUUUGGAAUCGGAAGAAACCAUCCUUAAGCGGGUACAGCAGGAUCGACCGCCCACGAGCACAGGUAUUGUGUACGUCCGCGACGAUGUGGCGAUCGAGUACACGGAGGCUGUGUACCGGAAGCCGAACAAAGGGACGGAUGCGCAGGAUGGCGAGACUACGCAGCGAGGCGACAUCGAGAUGACGGACGCCACCCCGGCGAAUAUUGUCAACGUGGAGGAUUUUACGAACUUGGAGGUCUUACACGGGCAGGAGCUGCCUAGCCCACUCUGUCCGCCUGACUCCCGAACUGGUUCUUCUACUCUGCCUUCUCUCCUUUCCUGCAAAGACGGCGAUAUGUCCGAUGACCACCAUAAACCAUUUACUUAUCCGUUCGAUCAGCGCUCUUCAAGAUUCGAGCGCGAGCGCAGCGACUCGGGCGUAUCCAGCUCUUUGAAUAAUCUGGUAGCCGCAGUCCAGCUCAAUCGGGAAUCCGGCAACGCUCCCAUCAAAUCUCCUGGUAAACGGGCUACGAGAGACUUCAUCAAUUUUGUAUCGACGUCCCCAGAGAAGAAAAGCAGGAUUGGGGAAUGUGGUACGAAGGACGUGUUUGUGGGGAAGUUAACAGAUGGAAAAAGGACAUAA